AAAUCUUCAAUGUGUGAGUGGCAUUUGUCAGUGCAGAGCAGGCUAUAGAAAGAAAACUGACAUUGAAAUACAGGCUUUGCCUUAUGAUAUGUUUGAGUGUAUUACAACAAACUACAAUCUGAAUGAAUGUAACCAAAUUCCUUUACCAGCCAUUCCUGGGUUAACCUCAACAGUUUCUCCUGUUUCUCAGUCAACAGUACAAAAUAAUUCAGUUUCUCGUGGUGUCCCUGUCCCACGGUCACCUAAUCGGAAAACUAUUCCAAAUAACACUUUUAUAACUCGUUUGUAUGGAAACUGUACUACACAUAAAGAAUGUCCUGAAUUUGCAGAAUGUAGGCCAUUAGCAUGUGAAGGCUAUGUCUGUAUAUGUAUUGAAGACUUUGUGCCAGCCAGAAAUUCUACAGUUUGUAUUAAAAAAUCAAGACUUUCCGAAAUAUGUGAAGUUGACGAGCAAUGCCCAGGAGAAUUUUCGUUUUGCACAAAUGGUCUCUGCACAUGCACAGCAGGUCUGGAAACAAUUGAUAAUAUCCAUUGCAGUGUUCCAGGAACAUCACUGCAUGGUUACCAAUGCAAUAGUACAAUAGUCUGUGCCAUUCCAGAUACAAGUUGUAGGAAUGGGGUUUGUUCCUGCAUCUCAGGUUUACGUCCCAAAACAAUUGAAGAGUUUGCUGCAUACCCAAAUGAAAUUUGGAGCUGCAUUGAAGAAGGGUUUUCUUUGAAUGAAUGCAAUCAUGUGGUGAUUCCAAUACCAAAACAAUUAAAUGGUUCACAACAUCAGACUUUUGGCAAUACAAGUCUUGAAGAUAGAUGUUACAGCAAUGACGAUUGUCCUUUCCAUGCUGACUGCCAACCUCGAAGUUGCGAUCUUUUCAUUUGUAUCUGUUCUGAAGGAUAUAGACAAUCACCUGAUAGGUCAAGAUGUGUAAAACUGUCCAAGCUUGGAGAGUCAUGUAAUAGUGACCUAAACUGUCCAAAUGAAUUUGCAGAGUGUACUUCUGGACAGUGUGUGUGCAAAGAGAAUUUUUCACCAGUCUCAGACAUGUAUUGCAAGUAUGCCGGAACUGUUGUUUAUGGAGAUGCUUGCAAUGCCACUAAUUCUUGUACUUACCCAGAUACUGAAUGUAAUAAUCGCUCAUGUCAGUGCCAAGAAAACUUCCGAGAGAAAACUGCCCAAGAAAGUCGUUCUUUUCCCGAGUUGAUGUUUAGUUGCAUCAAGAAGAAUUUUUCAUUAAAUAUGUGCCAAGGAAUUCCAGUCACAAACUUGUCUCAGUCACAAACGGAAGAAGUUAGCAGUGUGGUGUUCAGCAGAUUUAAACGUGAUGUCCCUACCAUCCAACAGAAAGUUAAAAUUUAUGAAAACUGCAGCGAAGAUACAGAUUGCCCAGAAGAUGCAUCAUGUGUUGCACACAAAUGCAAUGAUUACAGAUGUGUGUGUAGUACAGGUUACCAACCAUCAACUGAUAAGAAUACUUGCAUACGAGUGGCCCAAAUCGGUCAGCCAUGUAAUAGGACUGUGAAGUGUGAUCCAUCUAUAGCCGAAUGUAGACCAAGUGGAAAGUGUGACUGCAAAUUUCCUCUAUUGCUUCAGAAUAACUACUGCGCUCUUCCAAAUAAGUUACUCUUAGGAGAAAACUGCACCUAUUCUAACCAAUGUGAUGUAAGUCACAGACUUUAUUGCUUUGAGAGUUCCUGCCAGUGCUUGCCUGGAUUAAUCUCAGCACCUGAGAUAGAGAAAGAUUUUGUCUUCAACCAUAUGUGCCUUCCACAAAAUAAUUCUUUUGACCCAUGCAGCAAUGCUUCCUCAACAGAAGAACUGUUUGAGCCAACAAGAAUUACAUAUUCAAAGUCAAAUUAUAGUGAAUUAACAGGCUGGCGUAAUGCCUCAAAGUUAAAUUAUACUGAAUUCUCACAUUGGGUUAAUACCUCAAAAUUAAAUAAUAACAAUGAUAAUGAUGAUAGUAAUGAUGAUGAUAAUAACAAUAAUGAUGAUGAUAAUGGUGAUGAUGAUGAUAACGAUGAUGAUAAUAAUAAUAAUGAUAGCAUUAAUAACAGCACAAAUAAAGAAUCUUCAAUACAAAUUGAAAGUUUACUGGAAUAUGAUGAAAAUAUCACUAUGGAAAUAGCAGAUAUACAAGUAUCAACACAAAAUAUUGGAUCAAACUGCACAACAGACAUUCAUUGUUCCAGCAACAGUGUUUGUACUCAGAAUUCUUGUGGCAUAUACUUGUGUACAUGUCGUAAAGGUUUCUUUGAGAUAGAAGGGCUUUGUAGAAAAGUUGCUGGCAUUGGAAGAGAGUGCAAUAGCACAACAGUUUGCUACCCUUCCUCAACAGAAUGUAAACCCAGACAGCGCUGUGGCUGCAAGUUCCCAUUUGUGUUGAAAAAUGGCUUUUGUGUGUUACCUGGAAAAUCACUUGUAAAUGAACAGUGCACCACUACUGCUGAUUGUGCAGCUGAACAGCAUCUGAAGUGUAAGGAUGGCAUAUGUCAGUGCAUGCCAGAAUUUAUUUUGGUUUCUGUUAAGGAUUUCAGCCAGUUACCAGGAGAGAUGUGCAUUCCAGUCAACUCACAUGCUGAAACCUGUAAUGGCUCUAACUCAGAUUCAUCUACUUCAAGCAAUACAAACUUGUUGGCUUCCUCAAGUGUUGGAUUUGUAGGUCACUGCAAUGAUGGUUCUUCAGGAGAAUCAUGUAUCAACAGAGCUGUUGAUGAUCUCACAGAAGGGAAUAAGUUACUUGAUCAUGUACUUGCACCAAUUGCUGCUGCAGUUUUAAUUCUGCUUCUUUUCAUUGCAAUAAUGGUUUAUUCCAGAAAAAAAUGCAAUUUGUUUUAUUUCCCCAGUUCUCGCUCGAACAUUGAGAGACGAAAUCCUUCACGAUUAUGAAAUGAAAUCUUUGCUACAUCGAUGGGGAGGAUAAAAUGUAAUAAAAGAGAAAUAGAGAGAGAAACAAACUUCAAGAUGUUUGACUUGAAUUAUAUAGCAGGACUGAAGAUAUGGUACAGAAUGAUUAGAGGAUGGGUUUUAAUAGCAGCUAAUUACCGAUGUCAUCCUUGCCUCAUUAACAAGAUUGAUUUGAGCUGGAUUCUGUUAUGAACAUAACUGUUGAGAGAUUAAUGGUUUCAGUG